UUGAGAAGGACCGAGAAAGCACCGCGCGGUCCAUUCAAAAUGGCGGCGAAAAGUUUUAUAUUAAUUUUGUUCGUAGUUUUCUGCAGUGGGGUCCAAAGUGCGAGUUUGCUAGAAAGAUCUUAUGAUUUUGUAAUGGGGUUAGGGAAGAAUUUGGCGCCGAGUUUUCUGUCUAUUUUGGACUGUUUGGGGGAAGAUGAUGCCUGGAAUUGCGCGAAAAUGAAGGCGGGAAAAAUGUUGGACUCUUGGGAUGAAGAGGUUGAUAAGCAAAGGAAAAGUUGGCAAGCGGCAGCAGACGCCGAAGCCAACUCCUCAGGCCGUUCCAUGGAGGAACUGCCCUCCAAGCUCGGAAAAGAGGUGGAGGAUUCACUAACAUCCUUAGCGGAUAUUGUCCAGCAUGGCGUCGCUAGAGCAAUGUCCAGAAAGCACCACGAAGGCGGCGGUAUCGACUCCAUCACCAUCUCAACUGGCGGUCAGGACAAGAAGAAGAAAAUGAAGAAGAAGAAGCAGAAGCCACCGAAGAUCCAUCUGGUUCAUCCAAUGAUGAUGCCCAUGAAAGAGAUGGAACCACCCACAGGUCGGGCAUUCGGUCGCACGCAAUCCUGGGUGAUCGGAGAGAACAGCACCCGGAAAGCCCGGGGGCUGAUGGAGGAAUUCCUCAGCAUGGGGGACAAGGCCCUGGAUGCCGUGGCUGAGCAUGCCGUCAAGAGCGAUGAGGUUGAAGACGGGGUGGCUGAUAAGAGCGGUGUCGAAGAGCAAAGAGGCAAAAAGAAGAAGAAGAAGAAGGCUAUCCUGAAGCUGCUGAUCCUCGGAGCUGUUCUGAAGGCGAAGAUCGGAACUCUGCUGCAGAUCCUGUCUUUCAAGCUGCAGGUUAAAUUCUUCAUCCUGGCUCUGAUCGGUCUGGGUAUCAACCUGGCUCGCUUCUGGAUCGACGUGAAGAAACAGCACCAGCCUCCGCAGAAGGUGAUAUACUACGAGCACGCGCAACACCAGCAUCACUACGAUCACGAGGAGGAGUCUCCCGGCUGGGGCCCUUGGUCGCGCAGCAUGGACCCCGCUGAGGACUCCGAUUUAGAAGACAUCACCUCCAACAGUCCCUACAGAGCUCACGAGAAGCCAGCGACGUAUAUCCGGCCUCUUCUAACCCGGGUGUAGUUGUAUGCCUCUCUCCCUCUAGUCCCAGUAGAUUCGUUGUUCGGUAACUUUCGGUAUAUUCCUACGGGGUUUUACUGCAAUAUUCUGCCAAUAGAGUGCAGCACUGACACGAUAAACACCAAACAUAUUGACUGAUACAAACUGUCUAACUUGACAAAAGUCUGUCCUAUUAAAAUCACUGCUAACUUAGCUUGGUCUGACUUAAAUAUAGUAUAGUAUAAUUUAUUUUUAUUUCAUCAUAAAUUCCAACAAAAUUCUGAUAAUUUGUUCAUGUACUCAUGAAUCAUAAGAACCUACUUAAGUCUGAUAGAAAGAACCAUAGUUUUUUUUUAUCAAUUGCCCCCUCAUUCCCUAUUGUCCCCACCAGGUACAGAUGGGAACAAGAGCUAUUUAUAUGAAUACCCAUUUGUCCCCACCUCAUUAUACGCCGUGGGGAUUUUGGGACAGGGAUAUACCGAACACUCUUGUUUAAUAUGUUUGGGAUAUUUCGUCUCUCGGAUAAUACUGUUCGUUAUUAUCCUUCUGUCGAAAUUACCCCAAAAAAAUUAAUAAAAUAUGGUCAGUAACCAAAAACAACAGAAAUACUGAGAUUACAGGUCUAUCUACAGUCACUUUAGGUUUAAGUUAUGUCUACCGUACCUAAAAUAGGGUAAUUUAUUUAUAAUAAUAACGGUUUAUCAUCAUUUUUAGGUAUAACAUUCAAGUUCACCAAAAACACGUUUUAUAUUUGUAGAUUAUAUGUAUCAUAAUACAUAUCAAAUGAGAAUUGUGCUUUAAAGUUGUAUGUCAAUUUGACGUUUACUUGAUUACGUUUUUUGUUUAAAUCGAAUGAAGUGAUGUAUGUUUUUUUCCCUAAUAAAAUUGCUAUCCGUUGACAUACCAAGGUCUUACGUACGAUCUUGCCUCAUGUACUUUUUUU